GAGAUGGAAUGCGUUGGUUUGGUUGGUUACGGGGAGGCGAAUCCCCACCCGAAAGUAUGGCUGCCGCGAGUAUGUGGUGUGAUAGUGCCAUAGGGAGAAAUGAAAGGAGGUGGAAAAGGAAUCAUAGAGGCUAAACUUAUCCUAAUGUUUCUUCCACCCCAUCCAAGCAUUGUAGUAUUUUUCUAUAUUUGUGAUCAAAUAAUGCUCACGUCCCUCUGCAGACGUCUUACUGAUGCACUAGCAGCAGUUUUUUGUGUAAACCCAUAACAGGGUUUCGCACCGGGGCAAGUUUUCUCAUGUUUUAGGAUGGCGAGCUGAACGCACAAAAAACAGGCGUUUAUAAUUUGACUGUCAGUUAUUUUUUCCGUCUAUCGGGUUUUCAGAUGGCAGUGGUGCGUCCGGCAGCGCCGUGUCUGACAGGAGGCUUCCCUCUGCUGUAGCCCGAUUUCCCGGCCGUGGCUCCGCGAUGGCUGUUCGCUGCUUGCGGCUGGACAGAGAGCGCUAGCUGCCGAUGCUGCAUGUGCUUCUUAGCCCAUUUUUUGUCUGGCAAAAAUGAAGCUCAAGUUUUGACAAACCAGUUGCUUCGCCGGGGAUUUACUUCCAGGUUCAAUGUCCACGAGAAAACGUUGAUUUUUGAUUUCGAGUCUGUUUUUUUAGACGCUGUUUUAUUAUUUUUUAAAAUUUGCAUUAAAGGGUCUGAAGUUGGGAGAGACAUGCGUGAGUACAAAGUGGUGGUCCUCGGCAGCGGCGGGGUGGGUAAAUCCGCCCUCACCGUGCAGUUUGUCACCGGAACCUUCAUCGAGAAGUACGACCCGACCAUCGAGGACUUCUACCGCAAGGAGAUCGAGGUGGACUCAUCGCCCUCGGUGCUGGAGAUCCUGGACACGGCCGGCACGGAGCAGUUCGCCUCCAUGCGGGACCUGUACAUCAAGAACGGCCAGGGCUUCAUAUUGGUCUACAGCCUCGUUAACCAGCAGAGCUUCCAAGACAUCAAGCCCAUGAGGGAUCAGAUCAUUAGAGUCAAACGGUACGAGAGGGUGCCUGUGAUCCUGGUGGGCAAUAAGGUGGACCUGGAGAGCGAACGAGAGGUGUCACCAGGCGAGGGCCAGGCCCUGGCUCAGGAGUGGGGCUGCCCCUUCAUGGAGACAUCUGCCAAGAGCAAGACCAUGGUGGAUGAACUGUUUGCUGAGAUCGUGAGGCAGAUGGACUAUGGUUCCCAGCCAGACAAGGACGCCCCCUGCUGCUCCUCCUGCAGUUUGCAGUAGCGCUCUGCGAUCAGGCCAAGCGGCGUGCCGGCUUCAGGAGACACAAAAAAUACAAUAAAGGUGCAAAAAAAAUGGAAGCUUGAUGAGUGUGACCUUCUGAAUGCUAAAACAGUCAUAACCUGUGACGGUGAUGGAACAUUACAUGUGCGGAAAGAUGGUGGGGGAGAUUAUUGCCAAACUGCUGAAAAGUGCUCCUUCUUGUUUUAGCUCUAAGGGGUGGGGGGGGUCAUUGGCCUCGAUUUAGGUUUUUCUGAAGUAUGACUGUUCGGUUGUAGUUAUUCAAAUUUCUUUUACUAGUCUGAAUUGUUAUUUACCUCCUCCAUGACACUCUGCCUUCAGUCCCCUCCGGCGUGGUCGCUCUCACCCCCAGGUGUCACUACAAGCAGCACGCUUGUAACUCGCCUGCUUUCCACCCUCACCUUCUGCAUCCUCAAUACCCAUGCAGAAGUUGUGCCUUGAUCCAGGGGGGGGGGUCCUUUCUCUUCUGGAGGAAUUGAAAAGGCGAUGAAAAAAGUAAAGCCUUCCAUGACAACCACCUCUGCUUACAGCCGCCUUUCUGUUUGACAGAGAACAGAGGACUAUGCGUCUUGGUUGGAAGUCCUGUCAUUGUACGUUGCUCUUUCAUCCCCUGCCCCCGAAGGUUACCCAAGACAGUAACUUCUGCAUUCUCAUUGGCUGGCACACUCCCCAGAACCACUGUAAUUCUGUCAGAACUCAUCCAUUAUGUAUUUGGGAAUAUAUACCAUGUGUUCUUAUGGUAUUAACAGUAUGGAAAUCAAACGCACAUAUGUGUGUAUGCGUGUGUGUGUUUGGUUCUGACAGUGCGUGAGCUUCACAGAAGACCCUGAUCUCACGCCUGGGGGGGGUCAUCAGCCUUAAUGCAUGGCCAGCUAACAAGAACGACAAAAGAAAUCUGUAGUGUGUUAUUUUUAUGUCAUCGAAUUGUGAGUCGGACCUCAGGAAUUUGAUGCCGUCAGAACUUUGUUCACUCCUCCCAACUUAAGUCCCUUUCUUACAUGAAAUGGACGAUGGUGCAUUUUAUUUCUGGGCAUGAGGGAUUUUUAACGGUCCAGCCCACAUAUUGCCUCUGAAAAAAAUGUUUCCAGGCAGGUCUUUGCUCCGCCUGUUUGCUCGGACUCAGCAGCUAAGUGUUUUUUACAGAUGCGGAUUUGCCGGAUGUGCUGCGGCUCCUCUCCGUCCUGAGCCAUUAGCAAAUGGCAGGAGCUCCAUGAGCACGCCGGCUGCUCUGUGUUCAGACGCCAUGAUCCGCCUUUGCUCCUUGAAGCAGCCAGCAAAGCAGGCAGCUAAAUCACAUCCACUUUUUGUUUUCAAUUUAGUCACGUUUCACACAUGCUGCACGUGAACCCCGACCUGCUUCCCAACUUGAAGAAAUUUAAUUGGGGUUGGGGGGAGCAUUUUUUACCUUGGGAUGCGACGUUUACUUCAAGUUUCCUGGAACCUUCUGCCGGGGUGACCUCAGAUUCAGUGUGUAUUUCUUCAGCAGCAUUUGUUAUGUUAAUGAUGCACUCAACAUGUUAGAAGGCAAACGGCACUUUGGGAGAGGGAAUAAGGCAGACAUUACACCACCAUUGCUGUCCUCUGCUUUCUAACGAUAAACGGAACUGAAAUAACAAUGACCAUAAUAACCAUGACAAUGGGGACAAAUAAAUAAAUAAAACAGGAAAAGCCAUGUGCAGUGUGAGUCUCUCUGUGACAGUGGGGCAGGGUUGGUGCACCAAGGCCUGUUGUCCCUCAGAUGCCUUGGCCUGGGCAGGUUUUUGAGAUCUCCUGACAGUUCAGCCAUCUUAAGUGGUUUACCAGUGAUCAUGUUCAACCUCAUGCUUUCAGUGAGUAAUGUAUUUGAAAUAUAUAAGCUAAUAAGUAUUGGUAGUAAUUGGCCAGUAAAUUAAUCAGUAAAUUAGUUACUUGCAAUGGUACUUAUUGCUGAAUUUUCCUCCAGCCCUGUGUCGAGCAUGUAUAAACAUCAAGUAAAUGUUUUGAA